GUUUGCAGGGCUACGGCAGUAAUGAGACCUCCACGAGCUGGUGCAGCUACUUACUAAAUAUACUUAAAAAUCAUCAUGAAGUGGGCAGAACGUUCUUUGGAAAAAUAUCAUUGAAAGCUUGAUGCCCUUUUUCGAAAUACCUAACCUUGCGUUUACGCGGUCAAAUAAGGUGUUCGUCUCUUUGAUGAUAGUGCCCUUCUGCUUGUAAGUUCAGAUAGCCGAGGAGAAAAAUGAUGAUGUCCUUGUCGCUUUCAAGAAUGAAUUUCCUCGUUGGAGGCGGCGCUCCAGGUCCACCACUAUCAAAAGGUAAGCAUGCUGCUGUUGCUUCCUUUAAUACGAGAUGUCGCAGCCUGCAUCCCAACCAUAGUGGAGCGCCAGGGCCAGGCACGAGGACGAGGACCCCUGUCGUGCCUGUUAUAGUUAAGUUCUACCCUGAUUCAUAUAAUACAUCAUGUAGUGCACGAUCGAACAGCGUAUUACCCUUUUGUUCAAUCUUCUUAAGCGAAAGAAUAUUUCAUAACAAGAAUAAGUUGUGAACCUCGGGGACUACUAGGGUUCGUAAUUUGUCCUGUAAAUUCAGUAUGCAUAUGCGUCAGCACUAGUAGUUUUGCUCCACUGUUCGCAAUCGAUCCUUCUAAAAUUUCAAAGGUGAGCAGGAUAUUGCUGAUUAUCGCGAUAAUACUCUCUGCUUGCUGCACUAUCUGUGCUGAGGCGAAGAAAAAGGGAAAGCGGUACUAUGAAGUCCUGGAGAUACCGGAGAACGCGGACGAGUCGGCCAUCAAAAAGGCAUACCUUAAGAGAAGUUCAAGUUGUCCCUCGUAGAACUACUCGUUCUCGUACUCGACGACAAGUAGGGGAAAAUAGAGCGAUUUACGAGCACAGUUCUUUCUCAUAAUGGCCUUCUCAAUGAUAACACAACUAAUAAAAUACCUACAAGGCACCGGCACGUAGGCGUAGCACUAAAAUUAGUUUACCAGCUACUGCUACCAAUACCACCUUGCUUGCUGCACCCCUCUAGUCAAUACUCCUCCCACGACAUACAAGCACCACCACUACUACCCUUCUAAGGGAAGAGAAAAGAGCAAGCUCUACCACCCAGACAAGUGCCCUGAGGGAAAGUCCGAUGAGUGCCAGUCAAAAUUCAUCGAAAUUUCUCAAGCGAACGAGGUUUUAACCGACGAGAAGAAAAGAAAAUUGUACUUACAACUUUUACUUUGAACGACAACUAGAACUACUCUCCGCCCUGCUUAUAACUUUUUAUCACGAUCUUGAUAUAAGCAUUUGUUUUACUUUCUGUUUCGUAAAAUGAUUUUUUUUGCUCGUGGGACAGAGCUUGGUAGUUAGUGGUUCUUCUUCUUUAGAGUAAUCAGCAGAAGAAAUACUAUCUCACUGGGUUUUACGCGUACCUGGUAGCUGGAAGACGAAAUACUAAAAACAGGUAUGAUCAAGGAGGCGAGGACGCCUUGAAAGAAAGCGGGCAGGGUGAGUUUGACGCUGCUGCCAUGUUUCGUCAGCAUUUUGGUCGGGAGCCAAACGGAAAAGUUCAUGUCCGGAUUCUCCAAUUCCCGAAUGGGCAUUAUGAAAAUAAGACUAAGCAGACUAGUGCUGUACAACGUUCUUUCUACAACUCAGGACCCCCACCCCAGAUGUGUGUCUUGUGGGUCGAGCAUAACUUCGAUUACUUAUAGUUACUCUUACUGCUGGAAUGGAAUGGCGAAUUAAUACUACGAGGACUAGUACUACAAGUAUUUCUGUUCUACUAGAAUCUUCUAGUAUCUGUAGUACCUGUUCUACUUCUCUGGUGGGUCGUAGAAAAUCUAGUGAAGAUGUCCCUUCCUUCAUACUCAGCAGCAGUUCCAGUUUUUUGAAGAGCCUGAGGCCGGGCCCGAGAACAACGUGUUUGACGAAGCGAAGGAUGGCGUAUAUGAAGUAGCGCACAAUGCCGGAAGCAACGUUCUGACCGAUAGGGAUGAACCAUGGGCGGUAAGAUUUUACUACAGAGGACCCGUAAUUAAAUCGUUUUGCAUGAUCUACAACUUCGAACUCUUCUUCUUGUAUUUUUGAUUUUGAACUAAUCUUGCUGUCCCUCUCUGUGUCUGUCUGUAUUUUUGAUUUUGAACUAAUCUUGCUCUCGCUUUCUGUGUCUGUCUCUUCAACGUCACGUUCUAAUCAGUAUCAGUGUCUUGUUAGUCUUAGUUUGCAUAUACUUAUCUUAACAUCUACGCAGAAAUGUUGAAGUACUAAAGUGAAUCAGGUACUCUUCUAUUCCCCGAAGUGCACUUCGCGCGGAUGCAGGGACAAAGCAAAGGAAUAUCGUAGAGUGGCGAAGGUCUUCGCGUCGUUCACAAAAAUAUCUUAUGACGAUGACCAGUUCAUUCGGGUUGUCCUUGUCGCAAUUUUUUGCUGAAUCUUGAAAUCCUGAAGCAGGCUUACUUCCCUCAAAGUCGAAGGUAGCUUCUGAAAGAUGACGAGAUCCUCAAAAAUUGUUGAUUGAUGAUGUGUUCUACUUGAGUGCCGUAUCAUCAUACUAUAGCGGGCACAUUUAUAUCCGAGACGCUCUUGCGGAUUACUACCGCGUCCCCUUGACCAGGCUGAUGUUCUUAAGGGGCAAAGAACGCCCAAUAUUUGUAAGGAGAACUUCUCACCUCCAUCUUCUAAGAACCAGCGAUAAAUUGCUUUAAAAACGGUCAAAUUUGCGGUCGGUACGGUGUAACGCAAAAUGGAAAAACCGAGCCCGAAUUAAAGUGGCUACCACAGGAUACAAACGAGGAGACAACGCCGUACUUACCUAUGAUACCAGCAACAUAUAUGCACUUAGUAUGAAGGUGAGAAUGCAAAUUUUCAACACACGUACUUAGGACGCCGAAAAUCAUAAGUCUAAAUCUGGAGGAUGAGGAACUAAAACUUUUUUAAUAUCUCCUCGUGGACCACGAGGACCUCCCAUGAAAUGGAAUACGAGAUAAUCAGAAUACUAGCCCCCAACAUUUCUUGAAGCAAGUCUGGAAUUCAAUUACAGGUAUGAGGGUGAGUUCAAGUCGGCAGCGAUUCAAUCCUGGAUUGCACAGCAGAUACCGAACUAUGCUACGGAAAUUACUACUAAGCGUGACUUGCGUGAAUUCGUCAAUGCAGCAUCGGAGCAAAAUCGACCGCCAAUCGUUCUCUUCACGCAUAAGAAAGAGGUAUUGACUCUCUUGCCUCUACUAUCUGCUUAGGCUCUUCUUUAAUAUGUUAAAAUGGUUCUUCAUCUUGUUUGAAAACCAAAAUAUCAGUAUGCCAAAGAUCUACUUAUUUUUGGAAAACGUGAUGAGAAACGUCGACGUGUCACCUUGCACUGAUGGUCCCGCUUGCGGAACUUGAAGUGAUGACACAAACCAAAACUUCUCGAUGCUGAGCUAAAAAUGAUAUCGUUGGAAAUUGAAUUUGAUGGCGUUCCCGUAUCCCUCGCGGUCCUGGUUGUGACAAUCUAGAACAUACUGAUACUCAAACUGCUUACUUGAUUAUAUGACGCGCACUUCCCAGCACGUACAACUGAUACCGAUCAGGUUCCAGUGAUUUGGCGCGCAUUUUCUCGUGAAUUCGCUGGUCGGGCAAUGAUAGGAGUAGCCUUGCGUUGCGACAAGCAAGGCCUUUUCAAAAAUGAAGUGCAGCAACAUUUUGUUAUGAUGCAGGAAGCUUGACUAAGUAGUAACUAGGGUAGCAGUAGCUUUCUACAUAGAGAGAAGUAAACAAGUGGGCACAGUAGUCAUUAAGGAGUUGUGUGUCAGUGGUAGACAUCUUAGAUGAUAUUCGCAUGCGCAUAAGCAUUUGUGUAUGAUUACGUCGUAUAUGAAAGUGAUCUUGAUAUAUAGAUGUAAAUAUAUAUGUAUGGAAUGAUACCACGACCUUGAUCCAUCUCUAAUUCUCGUGUCGACUUGCAGAAAAUUCCGAGUGUUGCUGUUAUCGACAACCGUUUGCGGCUAAAGGAGGUGUAUGGCGGCAAGGAACUGAAAAAAGACAAGCUUAGCCUGUGGACGCAAAAGCACAUAGCACUUUUCAGGAAAAGCGGACCUCAGGGAACAUUUUAUGGUGAACAUAAUAAGAGUAAAUCCUAUAAUUAUGAAAAUUUGUAGAAGUUCUAUCUUCUACUACAUCAGAAAGACCAGAUCGUUCUUGUUGAGUAGCAGAAACGUUAUGAUCUCGAGCACGAGUAGCUCCAGACUGCGUCUGUCGAACACCAGUUCUUGUUGGCACUUGUUGGAGAGGGUAUGACUUCUUUUGCUUAUCAUCAUGAUACCAUAGUAAGUCUCAUCUGCAAAAGCAAAAGCCCAUAACUAUAACCCGCCCAAAAAUAGAAGUACUUCUUCUUGGUCCUCCUUCUAUCUUUCAUUUUUCCCGUCAAUUGGGUGGAGACGACGACUGUCACGAAAACGACAGCAACUUCUGUCUUCUCUGGCUGCGAUACGGCGGCGGACCGGUCAGCGCGUUAGUCGCAGACACUAUGGAGAACCUAGCGGAGGGCUACAAAACCGACCCGGUCAAGCUCAGAUGGGUGUCAGUCCCAGAAAAUCCAAGCAUAAGUGGAAUUUUCGACAUCGAGGAGAAAACGGAAAAAAGCGAUCGUUUCGAAAUCGUGCUGUUGUUAUGAUCAUAGGUGAAAGAAGGAAAACAUAUUUAUUGAGUAAGGUUAGUCGAGCGAGCAAGUAGCAGAAUCAUUGAACCUAGCUGGUACUCUACAUUAAAGAGGGAGAAGGUUGAGCUUCUGUUUCAGAACUCGUCGAAGGUACACGACUGUUACGACUUCUACUCCCUAUACCGAACGCACUUCCGCAUCCAGGAUCUUUCCUAUUUUAGGUUAUUUCUGAAUCUGUGCCAUCCGUCUAGUUCUAAUACAGCGACCGAAGCGCGGGAAGUUCAAGCGCUGGCAACCGGAAGAGGAGGAGGCCGUUGUGCAAGCUGAGAAGGAUUCAACAAGUUCUGAGGCGGAAGUUGUCAAGAGCGUUUUGAAAAAAUUGAAGCCAUUUGUGGACGCCGCUGUGUUUGAGGGUGCUCAGCUCCCCAACCGCAUGAAGAAGUCAAUUACUGCUGCAUCGCUUGUAAACAGCCGAGAUGAGUUAUAAUUCACAUUCAUAAAUUGUUUGUUCAAUUCAUCCUUUUCUAGUGAUUGUAGGUAUGAAUGUACAUGUAUUUCUGUUAUCGAUGAAACCUGAUUAUAUUGCUCUCAUCGACAACAAACGUCAUCUGAUCAAAUGGAAUGAAAUGAGCUCAAGGGUUGUUGGAUUUUUCAAAAUAUGCGUAUUGAGAUUUUCAUGUUGUACUUCCAGUGCGCAGUCAAGGGAGAGUCAACCUCAUACCAAAAAUAAUGACCCAAACCAACGCUAUAGCAUGGAUGCGUGUGAAUUUACUCCCCUCCCCUCUCAGCAAUUCCCCACAGCUUUGACAGAAUAUUGUGACACAUCAGUACGUCAAGAACUGUCUAAGUACAUUCCGAGAAUGGACGUGAGGUAUGGAUACCCUACAGUCACUUGUCCAAAACGAUAGCGAACACUUCUUGCUUGGGAGUGAGCAAGAAGACCCUUUUGUGUUAUCCACUGCAGCACCAUAGCGCGUAGCAUCCGACACAGUAUGUGCUUGAAAAAACAUGAACGGAAGAUGAUGCGCUAAUAUGUUAGAUCUUAGUUAAAAGAUGAUCUUGAAGAUCAGCUCGACAAUGCUACCACAAGGCCUCUCUGUAGUGGUAUUCCUACAGUCAGGACAACAUCGAUACAGCGUCUUAUCAAAAGGAAAUCUGGAUGGCACCACGUUGUAGCAAAAAGCUGUACCGGAACAAAUCAAUCCGAAGCGAAAAUUGGU